UCUUAUUCUAUUUGGAAUCUUCUUCGGCUACGCCCAUGUGGUAGACUCAUGCUACUACCUGCAGUAAGUUAUGUUAAUAACAUAGACGGGAGCCCCCAAAUCAUGCUACGCCGCGACGCUUUUUGCCUCGCAUCGCAUCGCAUCGCAUCGUAUCGCACUUGCCUCGCCUCGCCUCAAAUAUUUUCAGGUUAUUUUUGACGUGUUAGCGACUCUGUGAGCCUCUGUGAGACUCCGACUCUUUGCCAUGGAAUCGAGCAAUUUGGAGCCCCCCCAUUCAGUUGUUGAAGACCAUGCGAGGCGCUUGGACGCAAGCCCAGUUUUAAAAGUUAAACAACAUUAUAAGUAUACAUAUACAUAUAUGUAUAUUUAGGCCGGCUGCUCUUUGGCCUCCUCUGUCUCUCUUUCUCUCCACCGGGAGAGAUUAAAAAGUAAACGCUAGUUAAAAAGUGUGAAAUUGGCACGUGAGGAAGGAAAAGUAUCUGGAACAAAGGGAUAGAUAGUCUUCCUAGAUUCUUAUAGACUAUACGCAUACAAUUUUCUUUGCCCGUGAACACUUUUUGCCCUGCAUUGUGUAGCUAUGUCGCAGGCUGUCACACCCAAAGCGACAUCAAUACUUUCAUCUGACCUGCCACCUGGUUUCGAUCCCACCGCUGAGGCUGCCGAGAAAAGUCUUUGCUUUCACGGCUUCUGGGCCUGGUUUGUUCUCCUUCUGCUGAUUGCGGUCUGUGUGUUUGUUGUGAUGUGGUUACUGCGGCAAUGGAUCCAGGGUCCCAUAUAUCGCAAGGCAAAUCGUAUUGAUGGCAAAGUGGUUAUUGUUACCGGCUGUAAUACGGGGAUUGGCAAAGAGACCGUAUUGGAAUUGGCUCGCCGUGGGGCUAAGAUCUAUAUGGCCUGUCGGGAUCCAGGACGUUGUGAGGCGGCACGUGUCGAGAUUGUCGAUCGUACACAAAACCAACAACUUUUCAAUCGUACUCUAGAUCUGGGAUCAUUGGAAUCGGUACGCAAUUUCGUGACCCGUUUCAAAGCGGAAGAAUCUCGCCUGGAUAUAUUGAUCAAUAAUGCUGGAAUAAUGGCCUGUCCUCGGUCACUCACCGCCGAUGGUUUUGAACAGCAAUUCGGUGUCAAUCAUCUGGGACACUUUCUGUUGACAAAUUUGCUAUUGGAUCGCUUGAAGCAAUCAUCGCCGAGUCGGAUUGUUGUGGUUAGUUCGGCGGCGCAUAUAUUUGGUAAAAUCAAUCGAGACGAUUUGAUGGGUGAGCGCAAAUAUAGCAAAUUUUUCGGCGCCUACAGUCAAUCGAAAUUGGCCAAUAUUCUGUUUACCCGCAAAUUGUCGACUCUCUUGAAAGAGACAAAUGUCACGGUCAAUUGCUGUCAUCCCGGCGUAGUGCGCACCGAGCUCAAUCGUCAUUUUGCGGGGCCAAAUUGGAUGAAGAACUGCUUAAAAGUCGUAUCAUUGGGUAUCUUUAAGACACCGCAUGCUGGGGCACAGACCUCAUUGCGUUUGGCAUUGGAUCCCUCGUUGGAGAAGUCCACAGGCGGCUAUUAUGCCGAUUGUAUGCGUUGGCCGCUAGUUCCAUGGGCUCGGAACUUGGAAACAGCCGAUUGGCUAUGGCGUGAGAGUGAGAAAUUGGUGGGUCUGCCGCCAAUUGAGCCAGCUCCAACGAGUACACCACAAAAUGGAAAUGGAUCAAGCUCCAAUGGAACGGGAAUGGGAACGGGAACGGGAACAGGCACAUCAGGACCUGCGCAUACCAACGAUACAGUUGAGGCUGUUGUAGUUAAUCGUUCAUAAUAUACAAAAAAACCACACAUACUUAGUUAUAGUCAUACAUAGUCGUCAAUUAUUUAAAUAAAAAAAGGAUUCCAUACACCAUUCCAUCCUGUAAUUAUUACGAGACAUUUCUUCUGUGUGUAAAUCCUUUUAAAAAAUCAGCUCAGGUUCACUUGGCUGAGUUAAUAUUCCCCAUUAAAACAAUAAAA